AUGACUUUGAAAACACCUGUAAGAAUCACCUCGACUCAGACGCUGGCAGAAUUAGGCUUACACUCGACGCUAGACUCGUGGACCUCCACCGCAUGGCUUGGGCCCGCUUGCGUAUUUGCCCCGACCUCUGCAGAAGACGUCUCGGUUGCGGUCAAGCUGUUCACCCAAGCAAACGUACCGUUUGCAGUCAGAGCCGGUGGCGGUAUGACUGUCGAUAAUGCGGCAAACAUCGGUCCAGAAGGCAUCCUGAUAUCCAGCACGAACAUGACCAUGAUGGAUAUCAAUGAUGACCACAGCCUGGUGUCGGUGGGACCUGGUAUCCGUUGGCCACGAUUCUAUGCUUACCUCGAUGACUUCAAUCGUACCGUCGACGGCAUUCGUCUUGGGAAUGUGGGUGUUGUUGGUCUGCUACUCGGUGGUGGGAUCGGAUUCUUCAAUUGUGUACUCGCAAAUGGAAAUAUUGUCGAGGCCAGCCUAACAGAAAACUCGGAUCUCUUCUGGGCGCUGCGAGGUGGUGGAAAUAACUUCUGCAUCGUGACACGGGCCGAUCUCCGUACCCUCGAUGUUUCUGCCGUUGACAUCGGCUCCGUUUCCUACGGAACAGAAAGUCAGACAGAGUACUUGAAACGCAUGGUGGACUUUGCGCAUUACGCAGAUUUUGACCCCAAGACUGCCACUUUUGACGCCUUCAUCUUCCACAGUGGAGAAGAGCUUCAAGCCGGCCCUCAGAACUUCACUGCUCCUGGCCUGAUUAAUCUGACGGCACCAGUUCUUCCGGUGACUGGAGGAGAAGUACUCCGUCAAACAAUGGGGAAAUGGUCUAACGCCGUCGAUUAUACUUCUGAUGCCGGCAGGAGGCAGCUGUGGCACUCAGUUUCGAUACCCGCAGAUGCUGACCUCUUUAAUAUUUUCGUCGACUCGUACUUCAACGGUAUUGCCGAGCUUGCCAAUGUCCCGGGCUUUUUCACAGCCCUGGCCAUCAUGCCAAUCAUCAAGAGUCUUUUAGGGAAGAGUGAGGGUAACGGCGUGAACCCCCUCGUGACCCCGGGCCAAGAUUACCAGCCUCAGAUGUGGUUGGUCGAGAGCGCUUCGUGGCCCGACGCCGAGGACGACAAGACGGUCUUUGAUGCUCACCAGAAAGCGAACGAAAACAUCAAUACGAACAUUCGCGCUGCCGGUUCUGGUCUUCUUCCGUUUGUUUUCCUCAGCGCCGCGCAGAAGACCCAGGGCAAUGAUGUGUUUCCUGGGUAUGGUCAGGAAAACUGGCAGAAGUUGAAGGGAAUCAGGGCGAAGUACGACCCAAAUCUUGUCUUCACAAAGCUAGUGCCUGGAGGUGCCAAGGUUGAGUCUUAG